AUGACUUUUCUGACAACAUGCAUUAGAAUUAGCACCUUCUCAGGAUUUGCUCCAAAGUUCUCGACCCCUAUGCAAUUUAAAGGGCUCGAAAGGGCAAGAGAUGUGGUAAAUUUGACCACGCAUGGUCAUGAAUCAAGAACGCUAGCAGCUCAGUCAGAAAUCAGACAAGUUACAUGUCUUUAUCAAUCACAAAUUGAUACAGACGAAAGUAUCACCAGCUAUUUCACCCACUCGGCUACUUUUGAUCGCCUUCUAGACCAGAUCAAAGACAAAUACUUUCCAGAAUGGACGCCAAAUUUGGAGAUACUGUUACUUGGAUCCAAACUCUACCUAUAUGCUUUAAGUUUCGUCUUCAUUUCAGACCUUUUGUCUUCAUCACUACCACUUAAACUCACGACAAGCAUAUCUGCUCAACACUAUCUGGUCGUACAGAAAGGCCUGCAUUCGGCAUUGCAACUUAUCAACACGAUAAGUGAUAUCAGUCUCUCCACUCGUCCCAAUAUCGCGGACUACCCCGUUGGACUAUUGACAUUUCACCCCAAAAGCUACUUCACGGACCUCUACUUUGCUGUUAUGUUUAUAUUUCGAGUCGCUAUUGGGGAUAAUCAGGUGUUUCCUACGCAAAAUCGCAAAGACAUCGUGUCAGCCUUGCAAGCGGCACACAAGAUUUUCCGCUCCUUUCCUUCACAUCGCGACCACGCUCGUGCCGCACUCAAUGUCGAGUUUGCGGUUCAGAUCAUUCGUGAAAGGUCACAAAGCCAUUCACAGAGUACUCUCUCAGGAUCAACGAUCGGCUCCCUCUUCGUCACGAAUCGUCUUGGGGCUUCAUUACUGUACGAUGGAAGUUUUCAUAUCGGUGAAGUACGAAACCGAGAGAUGCCUCUUACAACGACCACCACAAAUGAGAGUCGUCAGCCAGGACUUUCGCAGUCGAAGAAAGAGUCUAAUAUACUUUCGUCUGACAAAAUAUCUUCGUGGAAGACUCUUUCAGAGCAGUACCCCGAAUUUCUGCCAGAGGCACCCAAACCUACGCAGCUUCAAGUUCCGCUGUGGCCAGCUAUUGACAGUACUUUGCCCGCAAAUUCGGAUGAGGCAUUGUUCCAAGGGACAUUCUCGAUUGACGGAGGCAAUAUUGGUCAAGAUUCAAUCUGGACAGACUGGAACCAGUAUAUUGUGGAUAACAGGGUGUCGUUCGAUCUGCCCGCCGUGGCGCCUGCGAUGCAGUUACCAUGA